AGCCAUCUCGGCUCAAGGCCGUCUUGGUUCCGCCCGUGCAGAUCUGAGCCUUCUCCCACGGGACAUCUAUCGGCGGUCAGAAUCGCUGCUCUGAUCGCCACCUCGUGCGGCCAGCCCGAUGCCCGCGUACAUGGUGCCUGGUCCCGCUCGCAGCCCCUUGGCUCACGCGCUGCCCCAGGUGUCUUGCUUUGAUGAGGUCCACGCCGGCCCAGUCGCCAGGUCGGUGCCGCAGACGCGCCUAGCCCAGGGACGGUCCGCGGGCGCCCAGGCGGUCCCCCCACAGCAGCACACCGUGUGCCCGUGGGAGUCGGAGCUUCCCGCGAACAGCAUGGGCCACGCGCAGGGGAUGUGCAGGCCGUGCUUGUUCUUCUCGCAGGCGCAGUGCCGGAAGGGGAAUGCCUGUACGUUCUGCCACUUAGGCCAUAGCACCCGAGACAUCAAGAAGGUGCGUCCCUCGAAGAAGACGCGCAGCUGGGUGCAGCAGCGGUGCAGCAGCGGUGCGCCAAUGGCCGCGCGGACUGCCUCGGAGCACCGCGAGCAGCUGGCUGCCGGCGCGUAUGGGGCCGCGCCGCCCGCCGCCGCGGCGUGGAAGGAGCACGAGCCGUGGGAGGUCCCGGCUCCGCCGCCACCACCGCCUCCGAGGCGCGGUGAGGGCGUCUCGCGAGGAGCCUCGACCGUGGACCGGGAGUACUCGACCGCCUGGGUCUCCUCUGCGCUGAGGGCGGCGACGGCCCCGCACGGGCAGUUUCCAGGUGCGGGCCCCGGCCGUGCGCCCUUCGAGCAGCAGCACGGCCAGCACCAGGCGCAGCGGGUCACGCUGGCCCUCUGAGCCGGUGCGUGCGCCACGCGCUCCCCACGCCCCGCUCCGCUGCGCCUCUCGGGGUCCAGAUGACAGGGCUGAACCUAAACGCCUGGACUGGAAGACUGGAAAGAUGUCAGGGUUGGAGUUCGGCUGUGUUUGAUGUUUCGUUUUGGAGUG